ACCUGCAUGCAAUGGUUCAUCUAUACACAUAUAUGAAGUGUCCAUCGACCGACGUGUCAAUCCAUGCAUGCAUCAUGCACCAGCUAGAGUCCCCCUGUCGCCCUCACACCACACGCCACGCCAGCCACCAUGGACUCACAGGCCAAUCAACUGAGGCACACACAUGUGUAUAUGUGUGUAUGCCCAGACUACCCUCACACCCGUGUCGUUCAUACCCUCCCUCCCCCAUUCACCAGUCCCUUCCCACCAGGCGUCGCGUCACCUCACCUCGCCCACCUACAUAGAGCACAGCACCCACAACACACACACACACCCAACACAGAGAGAUCGAUGGAGCACCCAUUUCACCCCGACACUCACCCACCUUUAUUGCCUAGUUGCCUCUUUCUGGUUGACCACCAUGUUUGCUAUGGCAUCCCUCAGGGGGCCGCGCACCACAGUCGCGGUGGUGGGCCGGCGGUCCUUGAAGGCAUCCGAUGGAUCUCCCACUGGCGGCUCGGUGGUGCCGACACCCACACCCACUGCACUCAGCGAUACAGCACACGUCAACAAUAGAUCAAUCAGCAAAGGAUCUCUUAUCCGCUCCUCACCCAUGGUCGUAUUGGCGUUUGCGACCAGAACGAUCGAUGCGACGAAUGGGCUUUCGAAAGGCGUCAGCAGCAGAUGCCGAAUCCCUACAGGGAGAUCCCUAUCGUCCAACCUACUCGCCACGACGGCGGUGCAUCGGUUGGGGGGCUGGUGGGGCGAGUGGGUCAGGAGGCCGUCCAGCACACCACCGUGGGCAUGCCUGAAGAAAACAGAGGGAAGCGGCCGUCAUGGGUCGUUGUGUGUCUGUCUGAUUGUGGUGUUUCCUGCGUACCGGUUCACGGCAACGCAAGGCGUCGGCGUCCACCCUUCAUUGGCCAAUGGAGGGAUCAUGAUGGUAUCCAUGAUGAACGCCGACGUCGAGGCAAGAGUGCGCACCUCACCACCGGCCGUCCUGCUGUCCCCUGCCGAUGGAUUGAGGAUCUGAACGGGCGGGUUGUCGUCGAUGAUGUGAGUGUGGUAUGGGUGGGCGGGGGGGAGGGGGGGGUUGAUGUCCAGCUCAAAGCCCGGCUCGUCCUUGAUGGCACGCACACCGCCGCCCGGCUGGUCGAACAGCUCAAAACGGCCGUAGCUGCCGCCGAAGUUGACGUGUCUGCCGACCAUCUUCCACAACGCAAUCACACGCACAUCCGCCAAAUACGCCUACACAGACAGACAGACAGACAGACAGACCGAUGAGUGCCACCCACCCACCCGCCCCGCGCUCAUCUGCCCACCUGUUUGCUAUCGUGCCGCUGCAGGUCGGCCACAGCCAGUGUGAUGGGCAGCUGACAGUAGCCCCUCUGCACCGCCAAUUUCAGCGCAUUGGUCACCUCGGUCCACUGCUGCGUGUCCACCAGCCAGAUGGCCUUCAGCAGCAGAGGCCGGUCAAGCUGAGCGUCGAAGGCGAUGAUGGCGUGCAGUCCCUUGGCCGCCAGGCAGCGAUUGAGUCGGUUGCUCAGGACGGCGGCCGAGAAGUCGACUUCCUAGAGGAAGUGCGCCGUGGCUCUGAGGCUGCCGACCUCCGACCGGCUGCACACACACACAGAUAGCCAACACACACAGACACACACAGCUGUCAAUUGCCGCUCUCCCUCCCUCAUGUCAUUUCUGUGUGGUUUGCAUACGUGUGGAGGGCAUCUCUGUCGUCUUUGUGAAGAAAAUCCAGCGUGUGUUCGUCGAUAACGGCACCAUGGCGGUCCGCAGUGUGGUUGUUGCCCAUCUUGCCCUCUCUACGCAGGGCCGAUCAACUUCAUGCCAUGGAUGAAAGCCAGCUGUUCCAUGG